AUGGUUGACGCUGAUCUAGCAGGGAUUGAGCCUUCCUGGGAACUCCUACGGCAGUCCAUGGAGAAGGCGAUGCAGUUAGAAUUCCCCAGGAAGAGAAUCGAACAUCGCCGUUUCAGCGCGGGCCUGUGGGAUUAUCGCAGGAUCCUGCGCGAGCUUCCCGAGGUUCUUCUCGCAAUGGCGGAUAUGCACGCGCAACUCAAACAACGCAUAGUGUGGCGCUCCUGGGCUGCUAUCGCGCGUCAGAGCGCAGCAGCUCGUACCGCCGAACGUCGCAAGUUUGAGCAACGUCAAAAACUCAUCGACGAUCAGCUUGCUCAGGCCGAGGCCAAGAGCUCAAGGGACGGAAGUCAUUCUCUUUAUAAAGUCAUUCGCUCCUUUAAGACAGGCAGGACGCAUGAAAGAGUGCAACUCCGCGAUUCACAGGGCCGAUUCCUAACUGCAAAGGAAGAGCGAAGGGUCCUGGAAGACUAUUCCAAGGACCUGUUCAGCACAGGUGAUGAUUUUCAGUUGCGGGGCGCCACAGGGUCUCUCGGCAUAACCACGGCAGAUGUCACGGAUCAGCUUCGAUCUAUCAAAUUAGGCAAAGCGGCGUUUGACAUGGUAGAUCGUGGAAGACUACGAGAAUCACUGGAGCUUGCAGAGGCGGACCCCUUCCUCAUUGACCUGGUAGGGAGCUACUCCCAGGACACGCGCGAGAACAAUGAGAAGUUCAUGCAGCGCAGGGGCCUCAAGACAGCUAAAGUUCAGGUGUUGAAGCGAUUGAGUCAGUUCCUUAAACGCCAGCACAAGGGUGAUAAGGCCGCCAUGAACCCGGAACUGCAAAUCUGGCUCAUGGAAAGCUGUGCGCUCUGUGGGCAGGCCUUAGCUGGCAACAAGGCAGUCAAGCAGUCAAAGUCCACACAAUCCCGACCCCCUCGAGCCCAGCUCGUAGGCUUACCAGACCCGGUCUUCAUCCUGGAGGGCUUUUGGCUCUUAGCCAACCGGCGUAAUCAUUGCUACGCCAACCCAGUGCUGCAAAUCCUGCACUGGGUAGCGCCCCCGACGAGUUUGCCCGCACUCCAGGAGGGGUAUCGAACAAGCCAAUUAGCGCGAAUUACACCCGAGCAUCAGGUCCUAGAUCCUGUCACUAGAGGCUGGACAUUCGAUGGAAACCAACAGGACGCAGCGGAGUUCCUCAGCGCGAUACUCCCGAAUCUUUCAGAAAUGAAGGAACACAUUGGCUGGAUCUGA